UUUUUUUAGUUACGUUUACUUCAAAAUCUUUUGAUUUGAUUUGUUAAACUUAAUUAAAAUAGAACUAUUCUAUUGGCACAACGAAACUUAAAAUAACAUUUUUAAAUCAUGACUGAUGUAGGUGUUAUAUUUGGGCGUAUAGAGAAAAUUAUCAAAAAUGAGAGCAAUAAUGUGUUUAUGACAGCUAUUGCUAAUCACAUUAUAAUAUCUAAAGACAAAAACACUGAUGUACCAGACUCAUUUGAACUUUUAAGCACAUUUCUGAAGAAAAUUAUUCAAGAAAUAGAUGCUUUAGCUGCGGAGAUAAAAAAAAACAAUGAAGUUCUUCUAAGUGUAAAACAUCAGAAAGUUCUGCGCUCAUGUUAUCAAAUAAUUGCAUCAUUUGGCAUUGCAUCAUGUUUGAUGCCCGGCUUAGGUAUAAGCUUAUCAAAGAGAUGUGUAUCAGGACAAUCUAUGCCACAAAUACAUUUAUCUGAUGAACAGAAAUAUAAAGUUUUAGUAACAAGCACAGAUUUUCUCCAUAGAAGUUACAAUGUACCAAUCCUCAAAAAUAUUAUAGUAACAUUUCAUUUAAUUGAUUACUUGGCAGCUUUAAUUCAAUUAGCAUUUGCACCUUUGAAAAAGCCUGGAGUUUAUCCUAACUUUACUAUGACUCAAGAGUUGUAUGAUGAACUAAAUAUAGAUAGACAGAAAUAUGUCCAAAUAUAUGAAUAUUUAGUCAGUAAUUGCUUUCAACCAAUGCUCAUGAAAGAAUUGUUAGUGCUACAAAAUGUUGCUGAUCAAAGAACUCCUUUGUUUGUUAAGAAAAUUAUAGCUAAAGAGAUGAGUAGACGCCUCAUUGCAUCAGGUGGCCUAUUGAGUCUUAUUAGAUGCUUUAUUGAUAGUGAAGAUAUGGAUACAGGACUAGAUUGGAAAAAAGUUGAUAUGAUUUGCAAAAUAAUCUCAACUAAACAUGGAAACAUGAAUGAAAGUGAAUAUCUAUCAAAUAUAACUGUACAAUUGAAACAAAUAUUUGCAAUUAACAAUUCAAAAUAUAUUGUAACUGCUAUUUCUUGUCUCCUUACUUUACAUGAGAAGUACAAAAAUGCAGAGCAAGUUAAAAAUUUAGUGACUGAUGUGUUUCAAACUCUAAAUUACGAUAUUUUGGUGACUAAAUCAGGUUUACCUGGUACUAUUAUUCUGACUCCCCAAGAAAUUGAUCAUAAUGUACAAAUAAUAAAUUACUUGAUGUCUAUGAGUCAGAUUGUCAUACCACCAGCACUUAUUAAAUCUAACUUGUACAUACUUUUCCUUCUAAGAGCUAAUUGUACAAAGAAUGAAAUGAAACUUAAACUAACGAAUAUAAUUUUGAAACUGUUGGAAUUGCAUGAUAAAUCUGAAAUAUGUGAUGUGUUGAAGAAGUUAUUAUUUGGUCAAAAUAAAUUGCAAGAAGGUGAUGUCCUAAUUGAAGAGUUUGAAGCUGGUUUGACAGUAAAAUAUUGUAAUUCACAUAUGGAUAAUCAAGAAGAUAAAGCAGUUGUAAAUUUUGUAGAAAUUUUUGAUGCUAUGGAUGUUAAUGAACUAAUAAGCAAUUUUUUUGAAGCCUGUCUACAAAUCUUUGUAGAAGUAAACAAUGUAAGAUGUGUGAAGAACAAAACAGAGACUCUUUUGUCUUUGGAAGAUGAAUCUGUCUUAAUGAAUUUUAAUGAUGAGAAGUACGCACGUAUCUUGACUAUUUUAUCAGAAAUAUCUACUUCACAAAAAGUAACAAAUGUUUUAAAAAAUAAUCCUUUUAUUGUGGUUGAUUUUGUUGAGUCCAUUUUAAUCAAUAUAAAUGAUACAACUGAUGAAUGUAAAUCCAUUGCAUUAAUUUUGUUGAAUACUGUAUUAUCUAAUACCAAUCAGACAUAUAUGUUAAAAGAAAAGCUAUAUAGUUUUCUUCCAAAAUUAGAGAAGAUGGCAGGAAGUGGUUCAGAAUAUAUUAAAAUUUUAUGUAAAGAAACCAUGUAUUUAAUAUCAGCAGAGAGUCCUAAAGUUGCAGAUACUCCAUUUGAAAAGGCUAUAUCAAAUGUAUUUGACAAUCUUCUGCCUAUAAAAGCUCACGGGAUCAUUGAACUUGGUAAACUUAUAGAUAAAGCUGAUCCCGAAACUAUUUCCAAAAGACACUACAUAUUUUGCCUGCUUCAGGAACAUUUGAAAGAUCCAGACUCUUAUGUUUACUUAUCAACCAUAAAUUGUAUGGCGACACUUGCUACACAUUGUACUACUGAUGUUUUAAGCGUCUUAUGUAAAGAAUAUUUAAAUGUUUCAACUGAGCUUAGUAUAGAAAGCAAAGAGAAUCAAAACAAAGCUGCUGAAUUGAGGAUGAAAAUUGGAGAUAUUAUUGUUAAAGUUAUUAAAAGAUUAGGUGAAAUGACCAUAGUACACAAGAAUAUAUUGUUAAACGCAGUACUAGGCGCUUGUAGAGAUGAAGACCCCCUGAUAAGAGCCUCAGCCUUAUCUAACCUGGCAGAAAUAUCAUUGAUCCUGAAUUAUAAAAUAGGGUCAAUUAUAUAUGAGGUUCUGCUCUGUAUUUGGAGUAUUAUUGAAACCGAUAAAGCAAUUGAAUGUCGCAGAGCAGCUGUUAUGGUUAUAGCAAGUUUGCUUAAAGGAUUAGGAAAGGAAACGUUAGUGGAAUUAAAAGAUAAUAUACUUCCGAUAUAUAGAACUUUAAACAAACUGUAUAAGGAUUCAAAUGAAGAUUCUGUUGUGAGACUUCAUGCCCAAUUAGCUUUAGAGGAACUUAAUGAUACAGUAAGUGAAUUCUUAUUUUGUGAGCUACCAAUUCAAAAAGAAAUUGUUAUGAUAAAGGAAAGCAAUGAUAUAGUUUUUAAAUAAAACUCAAUAUCAGUCAAA